AUUGUUCUUGUUCGACUUGUCGUUGUGAAUUUCUAAUUUUCGGUAUAUUAUUUUAUACGUUGUUUCCUUUUUUUGUUCUUAUUUUAUUGUUAAAAAACAUUUUUGUUUUAUUAUAAAAAUGAACAAUUUUCAGAAAAUUUAGUUAGAAAAUUAUUAAACUGGUUUUAAUAAAUUACUAAAAAUUAAUUAAAAGUGAAAAUUUUGUAUGCCUUUUAUAUAAAAAUAAAAUAAAUACAAUUGGAAUUCCAUUAUUAGGGCUGAUGUCUACUACUUAUGAGUCACCCACCUCUUUUAAUAUUUAAGUGUAAUUAUAAUUAUCAAUAAAUUGGAAUUGUUUUAAAAUAUAAAUUAUCGGUUCUGUUGAACUUAUAAACUUUUAUAAAAUGAUUAAUCGUUGGUUUAAGAAAAAAGAUCAAAUUUCGGAAAUUGGUCGACCUACAAAUUUUACGCGAAAUGUACAUGUUAGUAAAAAUGUACUAACUGGUGAAUUAGAAGGAUUACCCGCAUCAUGGGUACGUUUAAUGAAUGCACAAAUAACACAGGAUGAACAAAAUAAAAAUCCAGAUGCAGCAUACCAAGCCAUAAAAUAUUAUAAUUAUUCAAUAAAGAAAAAAGAUAAUCAAGAGCCGUUCAAAAAAUUAUUUACAGAAGCAGUAAUUCAAGAAGAAUCAAAUGAAAUUGACAAAUUUAUUAAUUCAAAAACAGCUCAUCAAAGUCAAGAUUCUUUAGGAAGUACUGGAUCAGUAACAGAAUCAAGUGAAGAAAGUUCAGCUGAAUCAUCACAAAAUGAUAUACCACCACCACUACCCAGUAAAAAAGCAGCAACUUUACCACCCAAACCGCAAAUUUUACCAAAACCAAAAAUUAUUAGUAGUAAAAACAUAACUAAAGGUGUACAGGACUUACGAAUUUUAUCAAGUGCUGAAAUAAGUCAAAAUAAAACUGAUACUUUUAUAGUCAAAGAUCCAUUUACUAGUGUAAAUAAUGAAAACGAAGACAUUGAAGAUGAAAAUAUUUUACGUCGUUCGAAAGAAAAACGUACGCAAAAGUCUGACUCAGAAGUAUAUGAAGAAUUAAGACAAAUCUGUAAUUUAGAUGAUCCAACAGAACGUUAUAAAACUAAAUUAGAAGUUGGAAAAGGUGCAUCGGGUAUUGUAUUUAUUGCAUCUGAUAUUCAUACAGAUAGUGUUGUAGCUGUUAAAACAAUUGAUUUAAAAAGUCAAUCAUCUAAAGAUCUAAUUUUAACUGAAAUCCGUGUGCUCAAAGAUUUCAAUCAUAAAAAUUUAGUUAAUUUUUUAGAUGCAUAUUUAUUGGAACCAGAAGAACAACUGUGGGUAAUAAUGGAAUAUAUGGAUGGUGGUCCACUAACUGAUGUUGUUACAGAAACUGUAAUGAAAGAACCGCAAAUAGCUGCUGUAUGUCGUGAAGUUUUAUAUGCCAUUAGUUUCCUUCAUUCAAAGGGGAUUAUACAUCGUGAUAUUAAAUCAGAUAAUGUACUUCUAGGUAUGGAUGGUUCUGUUAAAGUUACAGAUUUUGGUUUCUGUGCUAAUAUUGAAGGUGAUGAAAAACGUCAAACAAUGGUUGGUACACCAUAUUGGAUGGCACCAGAAGUAGUAACACGAAAAAAAUAUGGUAAAAAAGUAGAUAUUUGGUCUAUUGGUAUUAUGGCAAUUGAAAUGAUUGAAGGUCAACCACCAUAUUUACAUGAAGCACCAUUAAGAGCAUUAUAUUUAAUAGCAGCAAAUGGUAGACCAGAUGUUAAAAGUUGGAAUAAAUUAUCUCCAGAAUUACGUGAUUUCUUAAAUCAAUGCUUACAAGUUGAAGUAGAUCGUCGAGCAACCGCAGAUGAAUUAUUAAAACAUCCAUUUUUAGAAAACUGCAGUCAAUUAAGCAAGCUAGUGCCAAAUAUAAAAGCAGCAAAAAGUGUUUUACGUAGACAAGUAUAAAAGUUGGCAAAAAAAAUUCAUUAUACAAUAAUUUAAUCAUUAAUAGAAAACUAAGUUAUUGCUUGCUUAAGAAUGAAAAUUUCAUUGUAUUUUUUAUAUUUUAUUGGACUAAACCGCAACAAUUGACCUAAAAAGGAUAUAACAACUUAUUUUUCAAUUUUUCAAUAUAUAAGGAUUACUUCUAAAAUAAUUAAAAUAAAUCAGGCUCAAAAAGAAAAUCUUCAAAUUGAAAAUUAUUUUCAAGAAGGACAACCAUAAAAAAAACUAUAUUUUAAAUACAAUUAAUAAACAAAAAUUAGAGGAUCAAUCUAUUCCGACUACAAAAUCAAUUAAUCAAUCAUAAUUAUUUCAAAUGGAGAAAAUUAUUUGUAUUUUUGCUACAAAUAUUAAAAAUAAGACCAAAAAAAAUAUUUUUUUUUGUAUUAAUUCAAUUUAUUAAAGUACUAUAGAAAAUGGAAUAUAAAAAUUUAUGGUUUUGAUAAGAUAAUAAAAUUUAUUAAAAUUAUUAAAUAAUAAAAUUAAAAAUAAAGAAAAAACUGAAACGAAAAAUCAACUAUUAUCAUAAGACUAUCGAUAUUACACCAAGCCUUUCAAAUUUAUAAUUAAAAAAAAAAAAAAAAUUGUAUUAAAAAUAAAAUAGUAAUAAGGUUUUACAAAUUAUUG